UUAUAACUUUUUCUUUGUUUUUUUAAAUAAAUGAAAGAAACUAAGAAAAAAAGAAUGAAUUUUUUCUUUGUAGUUAUACAGUCUCUAUUUUUCCUUGUUCUUUUGACAACAAUAUGGUCCACCAAGAAACGUCAACCACACCAACUAGUACUACUACUACAACAGUAGCAAAGGAAUCCUUGAAUGGUCGUCAUAUCAAUCAAUUUGCGCAGUCCAUGCCUAUGAACAUACUCAGUAGUCAAACACAUCUACCUCACCUUUAUCAUCCAACCACUUCAUCACAUUUUGGUAGCAAAACAAAUAAUAAUGGUAGCAAUCAUAGUAGUCCUCAACAUAGUCCUACACUUCAUCAUCCUACUUCACUUUCCAUGGGAUGGACACCUCAUUUACCUCCUCCAGAAGAAGAACCUUUGUAUGUCAAUCCUAAACAAUAUCAUCGUAUUCUGAAACGACGUGAUGCUCGACUUCGAUUAGAGGAAUUGAAUAGAAUCGCUAAAAAUCGGAAACCUUAUCUACAUGAAAGUCGCCACAAACAUGCUAUGCGUCGUCCAAGAGGUCCUGGUGGUCGUUUUCUCACACAAAGUGAAAUUGCCGAAUUGGAAAAGAAAGAAAAACAACAACAACAACAAAAUCUUCAUGAUGGAUAAUCUCAAGCACAUCUAUCUAUAUAUAUACUACUUAUAGUUCAUCAGUUUAUAUUAUAUUAUGUUACCCUUUUUUUUAUAUAAUAAAAGAAAUCAACAAAUAAAU